AUCUCAAGGAUCGGCGUAGGCAGCGGCAGCCUCAGUCACAGGGUUUCCCAUCGGAGCACCAUGGCCACCAAGAAGCAGUCCAAGGCAUCCAAGUCGGCAGACUCCAUCAAUGCUCGUCUGCAGCUGGUGAUGAAAAGUGGAAAGUACUGCUUGGGAGUCAAGACCACCCUGAAGACUUUGCGCCAGGGCAAGUCCAAGCUGGUUCUGAUUUCCAACAACUGCCCUGCCUUGCGUAAGAGUGAGAUCGAGUACUAUGCAAUGCUCGCAAAGACUGGGGUGCACCACUUCCACGGUGACAACAAUGAGCUUGGGACUGCCUGUGGGCGCUACUAUCGAGUGAGCUGCCUGUCCAUUACCGACCCUGGAGAUUCCGACAUCAUCCGCACCCUCCCCGGACAGGAGUGAGAUGGGAAGUGGUGAAGCCAUAGUCACGGAAAUUGGUUUGCCUCAAUUGCCUGCCACAAAA